GCCUGGUGGUUUAAUGUGCUUUAGUCUAGCCCCUAUGUGUAAUCAGAUAAUAGAUAAAUACUUCAUGAGUAGACUUGAGUCUCAUAUCUAAAAAUCCUUACAUAUGCAAAGGAAAGCUGGGUGAAGAGCUUCACAGCAGAAAACAGCGUUGCAGCAUUCUCCUAAACAACUCAAGCAGACGGGGAAAAAUGGCUCCGUGUAGCAAAUCUGGCGUAAUCCAACUCCCUUUUUUAGAGAUGAAGUCUUCAUUGUGGCUGCUAAACUAAAAGCUGAAGUGGAUGCACAUGCUUGUCAGAAAAAAAAUGUCUUUCCCCAUCAAUAUAGGAUCUCUGUGCUUCCACAGAGUCUUGGAUAACAACGGACAAGCUGUCUGGACCACUUCAUGUCUUUUUUUUCCCCCCUUGUUUUACAUUUUAAAACAAGUCUCCAUCUACUUCGGUUGUUUAACAUAACACUGUUUAGCUGUGAAUCUCGGGAAAUGUUUUGUGGACCAAGAAACUUCACCAACUUACUGUCGGCAUGAGAGUGAGGAGAUAAUGACUUAAUUUCCAUUUUUGGGUGAAUUUAUCUUUUAAUCUACUGAUGUCAUUUAAAUAUUGUAUAAAAAAAAUACCUAAAAAUAUAUCCUUUAUACAAAACCUUCAAAGUGUCUCAGCCUCUCCAUGAGAAAAUGUCGACUGUGAGCCACUCCUGCUUGAUAUUUCCUGCCACAGAAAGAUCUCAUCAAAAGCGCCAUGUGCACAUACAAGAACACAUGCGCCACAUAUGCAGAACACAUUAGCAUAUACAGCAUCGACAUGUGGAUUCAUGAAUAAAUGCAUGAGUAGGAAAUCUACAGAUAAAUGUAAAUUUGCUGAAUGGCAGUGUGAAUGGGGAGGUUAUCUGAAAGCGACGAUAACGUUCUCAAGUACAGUUUUCAAUUGAUGCUCUGGUUUACUGCCUUACAAAAGGCCAUACCGUGUAUGAAACAGAUAUACCUCAUUUCCUGAAGCAAUUCAAUCAAAAUCAUAUUUGUAUAUAUUUGAGUAUUUUGAAGUUUUACAACAUGAAGCAUAUUGUAAGACAGCAUCAUAUUGCAGCACCACAAUGAAGGAGCACAUAUUCUAUAAAUCAAUCAUACAAUUUACACAUUUACAAAUGAGUUAGAUGCAUCAGCAGAUGAUUUGAUGUCUUGGUGUGUAAGAUGGCUGCAGAGACACUGGUUGGUACCUGCCCACAUUAAUUGCACCAGGUGUGCUGCUGAUUGUUGAGCUGAGGGGCAUGCUGCUUCCAAACACAGCCACACAUCCUCAUGCCUAUUUUUUGUUUGUUUGUUUGCGCUUUAAUGGCCCACGUGUCUUGUGUUUUGGUUGCGCUCAUGCCACUCUGAGGGGGGAAAAUGUUCUCAACGCUUAACUCCUCAGCUCCUGGCGACUCCAACCUGUCAGCUGCCGACCCUCAGAUGCUACAGGAGCUGACGCACCGCUCCCUCAAAGUAAGCAUAAUCAUCGUUCUGGGAGUGAUGAUCACUUUGGGAAAUGUUGCAGUUCUCCUGGUUAUAACUUCCUCCGUGGCUGGUUGGUCAAGAAACUCUCGGUACUUUCUCCUCUCUCUCACUGCUGCAGACUCUGCCUUCGGACUGCUGGUUAUGCCCUUGAAUCUGUGGGUGAGUCUGCUAAAGGACUACAGUGAAGGGCCAGAUGCUCUGUGUCAUGUCGUGGCCUUUUGCAAUGCCACCGUCUACUCCACCUGCAUGUACACGCUGGCCACGAUAAGCCUGGAGAGGUACAUCGCGGUGUUUUACCCGCUGCAGUACUCGUCUCUGAUGACAAGGAAAAGGACGCUGCUGCUGAUCGCCUUCGCCUGGUGCUUCCCCCCCUUCCUACUGUCGCCAAUAUCGUUUCCGGGUGGCAUCAUCGAGGUGCAUUUCUCUACGGCGUCACUGGUCUGCAAUCCGUCCUACUCCACAAACGUCGGCUACUCCCUGAGCCUGACGUGUUUCAUAUUUUUCCCCUGCUCCAUCAUCAUGACAUAUGCCAACCUGAGAGUGUGGUGCGCUGCCAAGAGACAGAGGCUCAAACUGCGUAAAUACGCGUGCGCGCGGCGCAGCAGACACAACGUGGCAUCCAGGGUGCUCGUGCCUGUGAUGGCAGCGUACUACACCUGUUGGACCCCCUGCAUGGCGACCAUGAUCUACAAUGCAGUCUCAGGCAGCAGCGUACCAGAGUGGGUUGAGUUUGUGGUGGUGUGGCUGCCGACCGCCAACGGUUUCCUCAACUGCAUCUUCUACUUCUGGAUAAACCGAAGUUUCCGCAGGAAGUUCCACCUCGUCCUCCAGAGGCUGACCUUGGCACUCUGCCCAGAACUGGCCGACGCCCUCGGGUGCUGCAGCGCUUCGACGACACAGUUUGUGUCAGGAGUUGCGGACAAUAACAACAGCGUCCACGAGCGCUCCUCCAGUGUAUCUUCCACCUGUACACUGCUGAGCAUGGCUUAGGAUGACAGCAGCUGAAGGACGUGCUCAGUGAUUGCUGUGCUAUCCUACAUUGUACUGGCUGGGCUGUUUAACCAAAGUCAAGUUAUUGAAAUUUCUACAUAAAGUGUCAUGGGUAAGAGAUAAAGUAAUGAGACAUAUGGGUUACAAUGCAAUGGUUGAUACUAAGACGGGCUAUCAUGGCAAGUAUGUGAAAUAACCCCUGUACAGUCUACAUCAUCAUAAUCUGAGUUAUAUUGAUUAUUGUGUGUUUGUUUCAUUUUUAUUUCCUUUUUAUGACAUUUUCAGUUUAAAAGCAGUGUUCAGUUAUCUAGAACACAGGCUCAGUUUAUAAGUUAUUGGAUUUUUUUCGUUUUACUAAAGCAUACAAGAUUUGAUUUCCUGUCAGAGAUGGCCUCUUUUAGUUGUUUUAUAGUUAUAGCUAUCAACCUUGUCUGCGCCCCAGAAAUGUCUUCCAUUAUUCUGCGUACAGUUGUGUAAUCUCUUUUAUCAGUGUCGGCUGUUCUGCGUCUGGGCUUGUUGCUGGGGUCGACACAUUUCGCUUCAGACGUUUGAGGUUAGUCAAUUAGUUCAUCACAAGAACCUGAUAUUUAGGCACCUAUUCAUACGAGACAUUUGUGAACUAACGUCACUUUCCAAUUACAAGCACUUUGAAGGAUUGAGGCCAUCUACCUCAAUUUUGAACCACACGAUGAAGACCUUGGCAUAUAACAGCUGGGAGAAGUUAACCUUUAAGUCACGGCAUUUCAGUUUAUGCAAGGAGAAAAGUAAUUAAGCAGCCACGGAGUAGAAAGGUCAGUGCAUAUGUGGCAGCAAAGAGAUAACUUGGGUGACUUCUGAGGCCGCGGUUGUUUAUUUUGAGACGUUAAGAUCUUGAUCUUCCUCUCAGUAUCUUGUGGAUUCACCUUGGCGAUGCUCAUGUCAUCUUUGUCUGAACAGAGUUCAGCGUCGUGGUGCAUUUAAGUUCACGUUCGAAAGGACACUGAAACGCAAACAUUUUAUGCAGCUUAUUUUAGACUUAUGGUUGCUGCUUGGUGUCUCUAACAUUGAAGCUUGGGAAUUAUCUUAAUGUAUUGAAUGUCAGAAGGUUUGCCUCUAAAUUUAUGUGAAAAACAUGAUCAAUUUAAAGGAUAAGUUCACCACAAAAUGAAAGUUCUUUAAAAGUCAUUAUCUCCUCACCCCCAAAUCGAUGGAAAGUCAGGUGAAGUUUUGUAGUCCACAACACAUUUCUGGUGUUUGAAACCAAAACAGUGUCAAAGUAGAUAUGGACUUAUAAAAGACAUCAUAAAACAUAAACCUUAAAAAAAAAAAAAAACAACCUGAAAUGGCUCCCUACAGCUUAGUUGGUGUUAUCCAAGUUGUACAAUAUUUACACCAUAUACAUGCUGCUGAGCUUGUGUUUCCACUUCAGACAGGGCUUUUGGCUUUAAUGAGGCUGUAAAUAAUAUCUUUUGAAAUUCUGGAGAUUUGGAUUUCUUUCACUUCACCGCGUGGGGAUGAGUAAACGAUGACUGAAUUUUCAUGUUUGGGUGAACUUAUCCUUUAAUAAUGACCUUUUGUAUGUACACAUCUUGUCUUAAUUUUACAAAGCAUGAAGAAGAAUGUAUUGUAAUGUAAUGGUUUGUCGAUGAUCUAUUAAAUAAAGCAUUAUGAAUCUGAAA